AUUCCCUGCUGCAUCUGGAGCCGGUCAGCACUCCCGCCCUGGUCCAGGCGCGCUGCAUCUGCAGGGUGGUUGCCCACUGCUGUUAUUCAAGAUGGCUGGCAUUCGUUCACCGUGCCAAGUGUUUGCGUCAGCCAGCCUAGCUCUGCCUGCGCCCAGCAGAGGAGCGGCGACGGAGAUGCCCAUCUUCGAGUUGGGGGAGGUGGCCACAGUGAACAGGCUAGCCCCCGCCUACCUGGCUACUCACAAGCCCAUAGCUCUGCUGGCCCUUGUGCCCAGGGCGGCGGUGCUGUUUGGGGCGGGGGCGCUGUCGGGCGCCAUUGCCAAGUCGCUGACCGCGCCGCUCGACCGCGUCAAGAUCCUGCUGCAAGUCAAGGGCGGCAUGCAGAAGGGCGCCAUUGCAGAGGCCGCCAUCAAGGGCAACCUGGUCCAGGCGUUCCUGGCCAUUGGCAAGGAGGAAGGGCUGAUGGGCUACUGGAAAGGGAACCUGCCUCAGGUCAUGCGUGUGGUGCCCUACAGCGCAGCGCAGCUCUGCUCUUACGAGGUCUUCAAGAAGCUGUUCCAGGAUGAGGAGGGCAACCUGUCGGUGCAGCGGCGGCUGGCGGCGGGCGCCUGCGCAGGCAUGACCGCGACGCUGCUCACCUACCCGCUGGACACGCUGCGGCUGCGGCUGGCUGUGGACCCCAAGCUGCGCGGCGUGCAGGGCGCCAUCACCGUGCUGCUCAAGGAGGGCAGCGGCGCCGCCUUCUACCGCGGGCUGGGAGCAUCCAUGCUGGGCAUCGGCCCCUACAUGGCGCUGGAGCUAUCCAGCUACGACCUGCUGCCGCAGAGCAUGCCCUCCUUUGCGCGCGGCUUUGCCGCCGCGCUCAUCGCAACCGUGUCCUGCUACCCCCUGGACACCGUGCGGCGCCACAUCCAGCUGCAGGCGGGGCGGUCGGUGGCCUACCACACCGCGGCGGCCGCCAUCCUGCGGGACGACGGCAUCGCGGGCAUGUACCGCGGCUUUGUGCCCAACGCCCUCAAAAACCUGCCCAACAAGGGCGUCAAGCUGUCUGUGUUUGAUGGCGCCAAGAAGAUGCUGACCAAAGCGGAGGCGGCGUAUGAUGAGCAGUGCGUGGCGGAGGGGGUGCCGCCGCCCAAGCGCGAGGAGUGGCGGCCGGCGGGCAGGGCUCGCAACGGCAAUGCAGGCGGCAAGGGUGGCGCGCAGCCAAAGCAGCCCCCGCGCAAGUGA